CCUGGCCAGCAGCCCGAGUGAGUAGGAGCCAUGUGACUCUGGUGAGUUGGAGUGUGCAAUUGCCUCCUGCUUCAGAGCUACCUGAUCCGAAUACUAAGCAGAGCGAGUGCCGGGCUGAGUGUAAGACACUGAAGACACUGCAGAGAAGGGUGCUUAUUCCAGAGGCAUUACAAAACAUGGAGAUUAAAGACCAGGGAGCCCAAAUGGAGCCGCUGCUGCCUACGAGAAAUGAUGAAGAGGCAGUUGUGGAUAGAGGUGGAACUCGUUCUAUUCUCAAAACACACUUUGAGAAAGAAGAUUUAGAAGGUCAUCGGACUCUGUUUAUUGGAGUUCAUGUGCCCCUGGGAGGAAGAAAAAGCCACCGACGUCACAGGCAUCGUGGUCAUAAACACAGAAAGAGAGACAGAGAGAGAGAUUCGGGAUUAGAGGAUGGAAGGGAGUCACCUUCUUUUGACACCCCGUCACAGCGGGUGCAGUUUAUUCUUGGAACUGAGGAUGAUGAUGAGGAACACAUUCCUCAUGACCUUUUCACAGAACUGGAUGAGAUUUGCUGGCGUGAAGGUGAGGAUGCUGAGUGGCGAGAAACAGCCAGGUGGUUGAAGUUUGAAGAAGAUGUGGAAGAUGGAGGGGAAAGGUGGAGCAAGCCUUAUGUGGCUACUCUUUCACUGCACAGCUUGUUUGAGUUGAGAAGUUGUAUCCUGAAUGGAACUGUGUUGCUGGACAUGCAUGCCAACACUUUAGAAGAAAUUGCAGAUAUGGUCCUCGACCAACAGGUGAGCUCAGGCCAGCUCAAUGAGGAUGUACGCCACAGGGUCCAUGAGGCACUGAUGAAACAGCAUCACCACCAGAAUCAGAAAAAACUCACCAAUAGGAUUCCCAUUGUUCGUUCCUUUGCUGAUAUUGGCAAGAAACAAUCGGAACCAAAUUCUAUGGAUAAAAAUGGUCAGGUUGUUUCUCCUCAGUCUGCCCCAGCCUGUGUUGAAAAUAAAAAUGAUGUGAGCAGGGAGAACAGCACUGUUGACUUUAGCAAGGGACUGGGAGGCCAACAAAAGGGGCAUACUAGUCCAUGUGGGAUGAAACAAAGACAUGAAAAAGGACCUCCACACCAGCAAGAGAGAGAGGUCGAUCUGCAUUUUAUGAAGAAGAUUCCUCCAGGUGCUGAAGCUUCAAACAUCUUAGUUGGAGAAUUGGAGUUUUUGGAUCGAACCGUAGUUGCAUUUGUCAGAUUGUCUCCAGCUGUGCUGCUUCAGGGGCUGGCUGAAGUCCCAAUCCCUACCAGAUUUUUGUUCAUUCUUCUGGGACCCCUGGGAAAGGGUCAACAAUACCAUGAGAUUGGCAGAUCAAUUGCAACCCUAAUGACAGAUGAGGUAUUUCAUGAUGUUGCUUACAAAGCUAAAGAUCGUAAUGACUUGGUAUCAGGAAUUGAUGAAUUUCUGGAUCAGGUUACUGUUCUCCCUCCUGGAGAAUGGGAUCCAAGCAUUCGAAUAGAGCCUCCAAAAAAUGUUCCUUCCCAGGAGAAGAGGAAGAUUCCUGCUGUACCAAAUGGAACAGCAGCGCACGGGGAAGCUGAGCCCCACGGAGGACAUAGUGGACCUGAACUCCAGCGAACUGGAAGGAUUUUUGGGGGACUUAUUUUAGAUAUCAAAAGAAAAGCUCCAUACUUCUGGAGUGACUUCAGAGAUGCUUUUAGCCUGCAGUGCUUAGCAUCUUUUCUGUUUCUCUACUGCGCGUGUAUGUCUCCUGUCAUCACAUUUGGAGGACUGCUGGGAGAGGCAACUGAAGGUCGAAUAGUACGCCUGCUGGGAAAGGUGGAAGUUGCUGAUCUGAUUCGGUUUGGCAUUUUUGUCUCUCCAUGGAAAGAAUAUGGGCUGUCAUACUUAUCUUUAAGAGCUAGUAUUGGACUUUGGACUGCAACCCUGUGUAUUAUACUUGUGGCCACUGAUGCAAGCUCCCUUGUCUGCUAUAUCACCCGGUUUACUGAAGAAGCUUUUGCUUCUCUUAUUUGCAUCAUUUUCAUUUAUGAGGCCCUGGAGAAGUUAUUUGAACUCAGUGAAGCAUAUCCAAUCAACAUGCAUAAUGAUUUGGAACUGCUGACACAAUACUCGUGUAACUGUGUGGAACCACAUAAUCCUAGCAAUGAUACAUUGAAGGAAUGGAGGGAGUCCAAUAUUUCUGCCUCAGACAUAAUUUGGGAGAACCUAACUGUGUCAGAAUGCAAAUCAUUGCAUGGAGAGUAUGUUGGACGAGCCUGUGGCCACGAGCACCCCUAUGUUCCAGAUGUUCUGUUUUGGUCAGUGAUCCUGUUCUUUUCCACAGUUACUCUGUCAGCCACCCUGAAGCAGUUCAAGACUAGCCGCUAUUUUCCAACCAAGGUUCGAUCCAUAGUGAGUGACUUUGCUGUCUUUCUUACCAUUCUGUGUAUGGUUUUAAUUGACUAUGCCAUUGGGAUCCCGUCUCCAAAACUACAAGUACCAAGUGUUUUCAAGCCCACAAGAGAUGAUCGUGGCUGGUUUGUUACACCUUUAGGUCCAAAUCCAUGGUGGACAGUGAUAGCUGCUAUUAUUCCAGCUUUGCUUUGUACUAUUCUCAUUUUUAUGGACCAACAGAUUACAGCCGUCAUUAUCAACAGAAAAGAGCAUAAGCUAAAGAAAGGUUGUGGGUACCAUCUGGAUCUGCUAAUGGUGGCUGUCAUGCUUGGUGUGUGCUCCAUCAUGGGCCUGCCAUGGUUUGUGGCUGCCACUGUCCUCUCCAUCACCCAUGUCAACAGCCUAAAACUGGAAUCAGAAUGUUCAGCUCCAGGAGAACAACCCAAAUUUCUCGGCAUUCGGGAGCAAAGGGUUACUGGGCUUAUGAUUUUUAUUCUUAUGGGUUCAUCAGUCUUUAUGACCAGUAUUCUGAAGUUUAUCCCUAUGCCAGUGCUGUAUGGAGUGUUUCUUUAUAUGGGUGCUUCAUCUCUGAAAGGAAUUCAGUUCUUUGAUAGAAUAAAGCUCUUCUGGAUGCCUGCAAAACAUCAACCAGAUUUUAUAUAUCUAAGGCAUGUACCACUUCGAAAAGUCCAUCUCUUCACGGUUAUUCAGAUGAGUUGUCUUGGCCUUUUGUGGAUAAUUAAAGUUUCAAGAGCUGCUAUUGUCUUUCCCAUGAUGGUGUUAGCUCUGGUAUUUGUAAGAAAGUUGAUGGAUUUUUUGUUUACCAAGCGGGAACUCAGCUGGUUGGAUGAUUUGAUGCCUGAGAGUAAGAAAAAGAAACUAGAAGAUGCUGAAAAAGAAGAAGAACAAAGUAUGCUAGCUAUGGAAGAUGAGGGCACAGUACAGCUCCCAUUGGAAGGGCACUAUAGAGAUGAUCCAUCUGUGAUCAAUAUUUCUGAUGAAAUGUCAAAGACUGCCUUGUGGAGGAACCUUCUGAUUACUGCCGAUAACUCAAAAGAUAAGGAGUCAAGCUUUCCUUCCAAAAGCAUUGAAAGCCGAAAAGAGAAGAAAGCUGACUCAGGGAAAGGUGUUGACAGGGAGACUUGUCUAUGACUUGAUCUUCAAUUUACUUUUUACAUAUAUAUAUGAGAAGAGUGCCACAAUUAUUAAUAAAACUGCUUUGAUCAUGUAUUAUAAAUUCUGUCUUUCAUCCCAAAUCCACCUUCACACUGUAAGUAGUGCAAUACUUGUUUCAUUUCUGUGUUUAAACUUCUGAACAGUGAGACGCCUGUGUGAGCAUAUGCAAUAGCUAAUGCAAGAAUCUCUGUGUUCCUUGCUGUAUUUUAGACAUUUGUAACCACUCGAUUCUCAUUGUCAGUUUUACGAGAGCAAUAGCUUUCUUAAAGAGAUAAGUCAUAUUUACCUAGUUUGUAUUUUCCUACUUAGGGACCUGAAGAUACCUGAUAAUUUCAUUCAGAAGAAUUUUGAAAGGUAGUGUUACUUCUUUUUAUUUUUUAUAGCUUAGCAUUAGUGACUUACUGCAAAAGACCCAAAUCAAAAAGUUAGUUCAAGAGCAUUUUUUUAAUAAUUGUAUUUAUGUGUUUCCUUGAUUUAAUAUAAUACAUUUAAUACUUAAGAAUUUAUAUGUAACUAAAACUGAAGGUCAUUUGAAAAAUAUGUAUGGAAACCUAUUCACAACUUGUUUGAAAGAAUCAGACAUGAAUGAAAAGGGUCAAGGAGUAUUUGCUUAAAAUUCAAGUUGUGAUUAAAUGAUCAAAUACUAGGCUUGUAUGAAAUGCUUUAGAAAAACUUUGUAAGUUUUGUGAGAUUUUCAAUAUAAAUCUUUAUCAGAAAUAUGCUGUUAAAUUUAUCUCCCAUUGACGACAAAUAUUUUCCAAAUAAAUCUAUUAUAUACAUACUUGUGGAAUAACACCCGGUGAGUCGGUGUACGUGAAGUCCCACUCCUGUGCGGUUAUGCUGCUGCGGAAGGUCAUGUACUGCUUACUGCUGCUUCUGAAUCGUGUUCUGCUGUUAGACUGACAGGUCUCCAGUUGUCUUUUUUUUUUUUUUUCUGUAGAGCUCGUUUUCAUUUUCUAAUUAAAUGCAUGUUGUAGAAAAGUAAUCUUUUAAAUGAAAAUUUCAGAUUCUGUUUGAGAAGCUUCUGUAGAUAUUUCAGUCCAUAUGGAAUAAUCCAUCUUUACUAAGCUUAUAUAAGAGGAAGGAAGGCUAAGAAUUUUUGAGCAUUACUAAAAAUACAGUAUUUUCUUUCAUCUUAGGUGAAUGUGAAUUAAUAAAGACAAAAUCUCAUAGUGCUCUUAUUCCCUAAGAAUUACCAAUGCUCAUCAGCCUUCUAAUUUUCAGUUUCCAAUUUUACAGUAAUUCAGAGCCCCAUGGCUUUUCCAAGCUAUCAGCUACACCUUCUGAGUAUAAAUGCACAUGAAAAAUU